CCGAGCGGAGCCGCUCGGCGCGAGGGCGGCCGGGGAGCAGCGGUGCUGCGGGCGGAGGGACGGGCGUCAGGGUGAGCUGGAGAUGGUGGACCACCUCGCAAACACUGAGAUCAACAGCCAGCGCAUUGCUGCUGUGGAAAACUGCUUUGGGGCUUCUGGACAACCCUUAGCUGUGCCAGGAAGAGUCCUUUUGGGAGAAGGGAUUUUAACCAAAGAAUGCCGCAAGAAACCAAAGCCUCGCAUAUUCUUCCUGUUCAAUGACAUCCUCGUGUAUGGGAGCAUAGUGAUUAACAAAAGGAAGUACAAUUCCCAGCACAUCAUUCCCCUUGAAGAUGUCACUUUGGAGACGCUGCCAGACACCUUGCAGAUGAAGAACCGCUGGAUGAUCAAAACCUCAAAAAAGUCCUUUGUGGUCUCUGCGGCCUCCCUGACGGAGAGGAAGGAGUGGAUCAGCCAUCUGGAGGAGUGCAUCAGGCACCUGCUGACAAAGACGGGCAGGCAGCCCUCCACAGAGCACGCGGCCCCCUGGAUCCCUGACAAGGCGACAGACAUCUGCAUGCGCUGCACACAGACCAAGUUCUCCACGCUCACUCGAAGGCACCACUGCCGCAAGUGUGGCUUUGUGGUGUGUGGAGACUGCUCCAGGCAGAGGUUUUUGAUGCCCCGGCUGUCCCCCAAGCCUCUGAGGGUCUGCAACCUGUGCUACAGGCAGCUGCUGGCAGAACAGAAGAAGGAAGAGGAGGCUGACUGUCGGCAGCCGGAGCAGUACCGUUCUGCCAUCCCAGGCUAUGAACCCUCCAGUGGUGAUGACAGUGACAAGUCUGAUGAUUACAAAGUUGACCAGUGGCCGGCAGACACCGAGUUUUAUACCUCAGAAGUAUCUUGGUCAUCUUUCCAUAGCUGACUUCCUUGAAAACCGGUGCUGUUUAAAUAUUGGGAAGCCAACUUCUGGCCUCCAAUGCAUGUCCUUCUUGGUGCGUUCUGCGGAGGCCAUGCCUGGGAAGGUGGAUAUUGGCCCCUGUUUGUGCUGUCUGUGAGGGGAACAAAGGUCAUGGACUACCCCAGGUCAUUCUGAGAACGUCACAUGUACACAAGCACAGAGUGACAGCUUAGAGAAGAGACCAGAUUAGAGAUCAGUCUGGAACCAAAUGAGUUCACCCUUCUGUGCCUUAGUCUUCCUGUCUGCAAAAAUGGAGCAAUAAUACUCUUGGGAGAAAAAAGGAGCUAGCAAUCCUUGGCUGAAAUAUGCUUGCCUGCUCGUGUUGAAUUCCUCCUUCAGAGGUGACGGGACCUUCAGAUGGGGCUCUGCAGAGAACUGGUGCUUUUGCUUCCUAUGAGGCAUUCUCUCUGCAAAGAACAGAGAACUUCUAGGGCAGGCUCUUUUCACAGGUAUUACAUCUACUUCAGAGAUUGUUGUUGCAGCUGUGCAAACCUGCCUCUCCUCAGUGGGUGGUGAGAUAGGCAUGGACUUUGACUUCUACACCAGGAAUUCUGAACUUUGGAAACACUAAGGAAAUGGCACUGUGAAUGCAUAUGAGGCUUAUCAGAGGGCUGGGGCUCUCAUAUGGAAAGAAAUCAUGAUAUCAGAUAUCUGUGAUAUCUGACAAGGAAGGGAGGGAUGGGAAGAGUGACAGGUAUGUGUAUACAAAGGAGAGAAGGAAAAGAUUUACUACAGCUGACUCGAGAGCAGAGCCCCAGAUCUCAAAACCAGGCAGUUUCACCAGAUUGCUAGAGAGUUGAUGACCUCAAGCGUAUCGGGUACAAGAGUUGCCCAGGGAAGACUUUUAGCAAGUCUUAAUCUGGGGCAUUUUUCUAGAAUUUUUAAAAUCAAAGAGAUUCAGCAUUUUGAUUCCCACUCCCUUCCUGAAAAAGACCUCAAGGAACUGAACACUCCUGUGCUCACUCACUUGUUUUAGUUGCGCAAAUCCAAAGUUAAUGUCCUUAAUGCAUCUUCAGGGUUUGGAGCACAAGAAAAUUAAUUUGAGAUGAACUUAAAAGUUCAAAAUAAAUUCAAAUAUUUGAAUAAACACAGUUUAUUUCUAUCAUAAUGUAGUGCUGGAGUGAAUAUGCUGAAAAUUAGACAACAGCAAUUAUAUUGCAGCAGACAUUUCCACCAACUCAGUUAAUAAUUUCAGUAUAUUUUUGUAUGGUGUAUUUUAUUUUCUGGGAAAGGAACAUGGCUGCGAGUACACCGUCAAUGUUAUAAGCCAUUUCCUUACCAGUUUCUGGUCUAAAUAUGGCAUUGAAUGCCACGUGACCAGAUUUAGAUUUUUUAAAUUUAAGCUCAGAAUAAUCAUUCUUAUUUCUUUUGUAAACUGCCACUGUCCAAUCAAUUUGUAUUACUUGACUGUGUGGGAAUAAAGAUAUGGCCACUGGGAAGGAGCCAGAAAAAUA